CGCUCCCUCCUCCGCCGCGCCCUCCUCCUCCUCCUCCCGCGCUCCCUCGCCCACGCCCGCUCCCUCUUCGACCGCGUCGCCGCCCCCGACCCCUUCCUCUACAACGCGCUCAUCCGCGCCCACCUCCGCUGCGGCGCCCCCUCCGAGGCCCUCUCCCUCUUCCGCCGCAUGCGGCUCCAGCUCCAUCCCACCGCCCUCGACAGCUUCGCCCUCUCCUCCGCUCUCCAGGCCUGCGCGCGCUCCGGCGAGCCGCGCACCGGCGAAGCCAUCCACGCCCACGUCGUAAAAUCCGGCUUCGUCGCUGAUCUCUUCAUGCGCACCGCGCUGGUCGAGAUGUACGCCAAGGCGGAGGGCGCCGCCGCCGCCGCCGCCGCGGCGGCGCGGAAGGCGUUCGACGAAAUGCCCGAGAGAGACGUGUUCUCGUACAACGUCAUGCUGGCGGCGUACGUCGCGCGCGGCGACGUCGCCGGCGCCCGCCGCCUGUUCGACGAUAUGCCCGAGAGGGACCUCGUCUCCUGGAACACGAUGCUGCACGGGCACGCGACGAGCGGCGACGCGGACGCCGCGAGGGCGGUGUUCGACGCCGCCGCCGCGGCCGACCGGCGCGACGCCUUCUCGUGGAGCUCGAUGAUCUCCGCGUACGCCCGGGCCAAGCGGCCCGGCGAAGCGCUGGAGCUCUUCGCGGCGAUGCGGUCGGCCGGGGUGGCCCCGGACGCGGUCGCCAUGGUCGCCGCGCUUUCCGCCUGCGGCGAUGCGGGGGCCCUGCGCGCGGGGUCGGAAAUUCACGAAUUGAUCGAGCGAAACGGGGUCGAAGUCGACCUACGGCUCGGAACCGCUCUCGUCGACAUGUACGCCAAAUGCGGCGACAUCGACCGCGCGUUGGGAGUCUUUCGCGCGUUGACGGCGAAGGAUGUGCUCGCGUGGAGUUCGAUGAUACUCGGGCUCGCGAACCACGGGCUGGGGAAGCUCGCGCUCGAAUUCUUCUCUGAAAUGGUCUCCGGGGGAGUCGAACCGAACGGAAUCACGUUCGUCGGGGUGCUCAGCGCGUGUGUUCACGCCGGGCUCGUUCGCGAGGGGCGGGACUGUUUCGACUCCAUGGAAAGCGUGUACGGGGUCUCGCCCGCAGUCGAGCACUACGGUUGCAUGGUCGACCUCUUGGGGAGAGCCGGGCGGAUCGAGGAGGCGAGGGAGCUCGUCAGAGGCAUGCCGUUCGCGCCGGACGCCGUCGUGUGGAGGGCGCUCCUCGGGGCGUGCAGGAUCCACAGGAAUGUCGAGACGGCGGAAGAGGCGAUCGCCAACCUAGUGAAGCUGGAGCCCCGUGCCGACGGCCACUACGUCCUGCUGUCGAACAUAUACGCGCAGGCCGACAAGUGGGACGGCGUCGCGGAGAUGCGGAGAACGAUCAAGCGGAACAACAUUCGGAGGGUCCCCGGAAGCAGCGCGAUCGAAGUCGGCAAAGCGAUUCACAGGUUUGUCGCAGGGGACAGGUCUCAUCCGUUGGGCGAGAUGAUCGAACGGCUGAAAGAGGCCGGAUACCGGCCGAUGACGUCGCUGGUGCUGCGGGAGGGCAUCGACGAGCGGUCCAAGGAGCGCCUGCUGGCCGAGCACAGCGAGAAGUUGGCGAUCGCUUUCGGGCUUUUGGCGACGCCGUCAGAGUCGACCGUCAGAAUUACGAAGAAUCUCCGAGUGUGCGAGGACUGCCAUUCUGCAAUCAAGCUCGUCUCUUUGGUAUACGAUCGGAAGCUGAUCGUCAGGGAUCGGAACCGCUUCCACCAUUUCAGCGAAGGGGAGUGCUCGUGCGGGGACUACUGGUGAAAACAUCUGGAGUUCUUUUCCGGUUCAGGUCGGCGCUGUCGCGAGAAAGCUACUUCGAUCGCGAAAUCCGGGAAAACCGUUCGAAUCAGGCGACCGAAUGCUGCGCGCGUCACCUGACGAAGUGGAGGAUUUUAGGCGAGCUUGCGUUUUGUCGAUGGCGGAAAAGAUGGCGAGGAUCGUCUUCAAGGUGGGAAUCGUUUUCUUUUCCGAGAUGAGUACGCCGGCACGGGAGCCGCAAAGCGCUCCGGCGGUCGGUCGGCAGAGCAUCAGAAACUUAGCUUCAGAAAGCUCUCCAGAAACAAGCCAUCAUAAGAAAUAAGAAUCGCAAUUCCAAUCCAACUUUCAGAUUUUCUUCACCGACGAUACGGCGGUAGAAUUUGACUUCGAGUUGGAUAGCACCAAAAGGAAUUGAUGUUGCCUCAGGUUCAGAAUGAUCAUGCCCAGGUAAUAAACACGCAGAGUGGUCAAUAUUACAAUUAUAUAGGUGCGCGCGCAUGUAUGCAGACACACACAAACACAUUGCAAUAAUGUUUAUUGUUUUCGAACUCUCAUAGGUUCGAGAUCUGUGAUGGACAAUUAAUUAGAAACAAGAUUCAGGAAUGAGUAACUUCACAAAGAAGGGCAAAGCAGAAUCUUUACUUCAUGCUCUCAUUCUCCAAUACAUAAGAAGAGUUUUAUAGGAAUACCUUCAGAAGAUAACCUAACUAGAUCUGAUGCUUAAGACAAUAUACAAGCCAAGUAUCCAAUAAGUUUUGGACACAAGCAGCACCUCCUACGUAGGAAGUAUGACCUUAAACUGAAAAGUCGACCUAUUAGAAACCUCUUCCUAAAUGUUCGACAAAAGUUGCAGUGAUGUCCCAUCGAUGAAGGGUGAUUGAUACAAACAUUUGCUAAACUACUUAUUCUCUAAACGCAUAUCCCUCAUCCUGAAGUUGCAGGAAAAUGAAACUUAGGCGAUACUGUGCUACAGACUACGACCAAUGUUCUCUUUUCAAAUUA